AUUGGGCAUGUACGGCGAGCUCGGCCAAUGGGGCCGGAGCGGGAGAUUUUAAAAGUGCCUCAGCAAAGCUACGACUAGGCAGGUUCACUAGUGUUUGCGGACGACUGGGAUAGUAGCUGUGCUACGGCCUCCGGCUCUGUUUCCCUUCUCCGCCCAGCUCUCCUCCCAUUUUCUCUGUAAGGAUGGCCCAGAAGGAGAAUGCCUACCUCUGGCCCUAUGGCCGACAGACGUCUCAAUCAGGCUUGAACAUCCUGCCCCAGAGGGUCCUCCGGAAGGAGCCUGCUACUCCAUCUGCACUUGUCCUCAUGAGUCGCCCCAAUGGCCAGCCCACAGCUGCCCCUGGCCAGAAGGCAGGAGAAAACAGCAGUGGGGCACCCAACUCCAGGCGGCCCCUCACAAUCAACGAUUUUGAGAUUGGGCGUCCUCUGGGCAAAGGCAAAUUUGGAAAUGUGUACCUGGCUCGAGAGAAGAAAAGUCAUUUCAUUGUGGCACUCAAGGUCCUCUUCAAGUCUCAGAUCGAGAAGGAAGGUGUGGAACACCAGCUGCGCAGGGAGAUCGAGAUCCAGGCCCAUCUGCAGCAUCCCAACAUCUUGCGGCUCUACAACUAUUUUUAUGAUCGGAGGAGGAUCUACUUGAUUCUGGAGUAUGCCCCCCGGGGAGAGCUCUACAAGGAACUACAGAGGUGCCGCACUUUUGAUGAGCAGAGAACAGCCACGAUCAUGGAGGAGUUGGCGGAUGCUCUGAUGUACUGCCAUGGGAAAAAAGUGAUUCACAGAGAUAUAAAGCCAGAGAAUCUGCUUUUAGGGCUCCAAGGCGAGCUGAAGAUUGCGGACUUUGGCUGGUCUGUGCAUGCCCCCUCUCUGAGGAGAAAGACAAUGUGUGGUACCCUGGACUAUCUACCCCCAGAGAUGAUUGAGGGGCGCACACACAAUGAGAAGGUAGAUCUGUGGUGCAUCGGGGUACUCUGCUACGAGUUGCUGGUGGGGAACCCACCCUUCGAGAGUGCCUCACACAAUGAGACCUAUCGGCGGAUUGUCAAGGUGGACCUGAAGUUCCCUCCUUCUGUGCCCACAGGGGCCCAGGACCUCAUCUGCAAGCUGCUCAAACAUAACCCCUCUGAAAGGCUGCCCCUGGCCCAGGUCUCAGCUCACCCUUGGGUUCGGGCCCAUUCACGGAGGGUGCUGCCUCCCUCUGCUCUUCAUUCUGUCCCCUGAUGGUCCCUGUCAUUUACUUGGUUGUGUCUGUUUGUAUGUCUGUGUAUGUGCAGGUGGAGGUAGGGGUCCUGGACUGUUCCCUUAUCUGUCUUCUACCUCCUUUUUAUUUAAUAAAGCCUAUAGCUUUUUGUACUGAUGAAUGUAGAGGUUCUGGGUAGAGGCUUUGCUAUGGAGGAAGCUGUCCCUUAGGGUAAGGAGUGGACACCUAUCCUGGGUGGUAGGGAUCAACACUGCAUAAUUACUGCUGGUAACAUUCCACCCUUUCAGCUUCCAGCCACCCACACACACCCAUUUCUUUUCCCUACUCUGACUCCCUCCCAGAACCUGGGUAUGAUUGGGGGACCUUAGCUCCCCACUGCUAUACUUGAUCACCAGCCAUCUCUGCCUGCUUUCUGACUUCUAGUGUUUUCCUCUCCUGGCUCAUUUCCUGCCUCAUUGCCAACUUAGGAGUGAAAUGAGCAUGACUGUAACCUAGAAGUUGUCAUUUUUUGUGUGUUUUACUGUUCUGACUAGGAUCUCGUAUAGGAGUGAGUAGAAGCAGUAUAAAGGUUCCACCAUUAAGUAUUAUGAUUGCCAUAGGUUUUUUGUGGAAAGUGCUGGGGGUGAAACCCAGGACCUUGAGCCUGGUAGGCAAGUGCUCUAUUGAGCUACAUCCCUACUCUUUUCCAUAGGGUUUUAUUUGUUUUGUUUUUGUUUUUUGAGACAAGGUCUGGCUCUGCUGUCCAGGCUGGCCUUAAACUCCUGGGCUCAAAAAUCUUUGCUGCUCCAGGCUUCUAAGUAGCUGGGACUAUAGGGCUCAACCCUGCCCAGUUGUUUUAGGUUGUCGGAGUUUUUUGUUUUUGUUUUUGUUUUUGGUACUGGGGAUUGAACUCAGGGACACUCGACCACUGAGCCACAUCCCCAGCCCUAUUUUGUAUUUUGUUUAGAAACUGGGUCUCAGUGAGUUGCUUAGUGCCUCACUUUUGCUGAGAUUGGCUUUGAACUUGUGAUCCUCCUGCCUCAGCCUCCAGAGCUGCUGGGAUUACAGGCAUGUGCCCAACUUUGUUUUAGAUUUUUAACAGAUAGUCCUUCAUCAGGAAGGAAGGCCUAAUCUACUCUAGUUUGCUGGGAAUCUUUUCUUUAAAACAUUUUUUUUGUAUCAUGAAUCAGAGUUGACUUUCAUCAGAUGCUUUUUCUGUUAUCUAUUGAUUUGUUUUUUUAUCAAUAUGAUGAAUGCAUCAAUCAUUUCUUAUUUUUAUUUUAUCCUAAUUAUGCAUGCUAUCUUAGAUUCCUAGGAUUGCUAUUAUAAAUGACACAACUUGGUUUAAAACAAUAGAAAUUUAUUGUCUUCACAGUUCUGAAAGUCCUUGGCCUAAAAUCAAUGUGUCAGAAGUGUCCUGCUCCCUUUGAAGGCUCUGGAGAGAAUCCUCCUUUGCCACUUUCAGCAUCAGAUGAACCCAGCAUUUCUUCAUAACUCCAGUCUCUCUCUCCAUCUUUACCUGGCUAUCCUUUCCCUCUCCUUCUGUCUCUCCUCUGUGCCUUAUAAGAACACAAGUCAUUUGAUUUAGGGCCUGCCCAGAUAAACCAAGGUGAUUUCAUCUUAAGAUCUUUAAUCACAUCUCCUGAGAUGUGUUUUCCCAAAAAAAUGUCACAUUUAUAGGUUCCUGGGGUUAGGAUUUAGAAAUAGCUUUAUGGGACCACCAUGUAAUUCUUUACACAUGCUAAUAGAUUAGAAUGAUUGAAU